ACCCUAGUCAUACCAUAUAAAUCAAGGCUGUCUCUUCACUCUUUUCAUGCAGUGGGAGGUAUUCAAGGCCACAUUGAUCUGGAAGGAGAUCCGCAUAACUCUAGUUGUGCUUUGGAAGAAUAUAUUGAGAUUGCUCAAGGUCAGAAAAUUGAAGUAGUGUGGAGGAGAUGGCCCUCUGAAUUCUCCCAUGAUCAAGGGCUACGUGGUUACCGUGUCUCCCGUAAUUCUGUGGAAUUUGCUAGUAUGCCAAAAGGUUCUGUAACCUUGACAUGUAACCCUCACCCGAAGGAACCUGGUUUGAAGGAAUUCUGUCACAACAGACUCGAAUUUCAUAUCAACACGACCCACAUCACACUUAAGAUGAGCACUCUAUCAAGCAACUUCAGUGUGACCUUAACAUAUAUUUUUAAGGGUGCAAUUGAAAGUAGUCGCAAUUGUGACUUUCAGGAUAAGAAAAUGAUAACAGUUCUACCUGAAAUAAGCACUGCAUCUACAAGACUAAGUGUUCAAACUAGCACUGGUAAGGUACCAAUUACAGGUGUGAUGGCAGGACAGGGCAAUAAAACUUCAAAUAAAUCAAUAGCUACAGCAACUCCAACUCCAGGUGUGAUGGCAGGACAAGUCAAUAAAACUACGAAUAGAUCAGUAGCUACAGUAACUCCAACUGUUGGGGAUAGCACAAAACUUCAACACGUUAUCGGAACAUGCAACCAAAAGGGAGGUGACAUUGCCAAGGGAGUUGCUGUUCCUGUAGCUGUAGUUUUGUUGCUGAUAGCACUAGCGUUGCUUUUUUUGUGUUUUCGAAGAAGAUGCCAAAGUCAACGACAAAGUGGUGCAACAAAAGAUGUUGAGGGUUUGGAGACUGAAGUGUAGAGCUAGGGGAAAUGACAGAUGUUUAGUUGCAAAAGAUUAAGAAGACAAAGUGAUAAUUGCCACAAAGUGUGCUGAGGGGCUAUUAUGUUUAAUAUUUAAAAUAAGUGAUGAAUAUUUAGAUAUUCAAUUCAUUUAAGAAAGCUUCUGAUGAACAGAGUAUUCAAUCAUAAUUACUUAUAGGGUUGAUGACUGACAUACCAUUCAUGCUAACAAAAAAGUAAUUAUCGUGUGCCCCUGCCAUCGGCAAAUAAAAAUUCUUACGUUUUUAAA